GCACGUCCAGCUUGGGGCAUACCAAUCACGUCUUUCCAUCGCCUGUUCCCCCUGGCCGAUUGAAAGAGUUUCCACCACCCCCAACCCCCUCCGCAGCCUGGGCAAUUGACCGUCCGACCAAGCAAUGGCGUCCCUUAGCGCUCUCCGCAUGCUGUCGGCCCCAUGUCAUACAGCCCGCCUGCGGCUGGCGAGGUCCUCGACCCUGAUCAUCAGCCCUACCUCCAGCAGCGCGUCGUACCGCUUCAGCCAUAUCAAUAACUAUAACCGACCCGCCGUCGACGGCAUGCGAUAUCUGAGCACAUUACCUCCGAGAGUGGGACGACGGAUUGUCCACCAGCUCAUGACACAAGCUCCAUACUCGACGGCCGCCGAGCAGCCUGCCUCCGGAUCCGGUACCAAGUUCGUCUACAACAUCGCCGCCUCGUACGUUGGCAAGGGCCUCCCCUUCAACCCGUCCACCCACGUCUUCCACUUCAACCCCUACCACCGAGUGUCGAAGCCCGGCAAGAAGGCAAAGUCGGCGCGCCCAGAGUCCGGCCAGGAUGCCUUCUUCGUUAGCCGUGUAGGGAACAGGCCUGGCGAGGUUGCGCUGGGCGUAGCCGACGGUGUGGGCGGCUGGAUGGACAGCGGUGUCGACCCUGCGGACUUUUCGCAUGCCUUCUGUGACUAUAUGGCGGCUGCCGCAUACGAGAACGACAGGCAGCCCACCAAGAUUGCAUCAGCGGCGGCUAACGGACCAGCGGCGCCUGCUGGUGGUGAAGAGAACAUCAGUGAUGAUGCUCCGCUAACGGCACGCUCGCUGAUGCAAAAGGGAUACGAGGCUGUUUGCCAUGACCCGACUAUCAAGGCUGGUGGCAGCACGGCUGUGGUUGGCAUGUUGGAUGAGAGCGGCACGAUGGAGGUUGCGAACCUUGGCGACAGCGGCUUCGUAAUACUCAGGCUCAACGGGGUGCACACCGCCAGUGAACCCCAGACACACGCAUUUAACACCCCUUUUCAGCUCAGCGUGGUUCCGCCUAGUAUGUUGCUCCGCGCUGCGACCUUUGGCGGGGGACUGCUUAUCGAUCAGCCCCGCGACGCCGAUGUGACCCGCCACAAGCUGAAGCAUGGAGACGUUGUCGUCUUUGGAAGUGAUGGUCUUUGGGACAACCUGUUCAACCAGGACAUUCUCCGUCUGGUCAGCAGCACAAUGCAGAAGCUCGGCGCUUGGAAGGGCACCGACGCUGGGGUCCAGGUCGCCGAGGACCUGACUCCCUUCACCAAGCUCGACAGCGACGACAAGCCCAUUUUCACGCUGCAGAGCUUCAUUGCCACGCAUAUUGUCAGCGCCGCCAAAUCGGCGAGCAUGAACGCGAAGUUGGACGGCCCGUUCGCCAAGGAGGUCAAGAAGUACUACCCCCAGGACGCGUGGCACGGCGGCAAGGAGGACGAUAUCUGUGUGGUCGUCGUACUUGUUUCUGAGGAACCGGCGGACAUGGCGACGCCGAAGCCACGCCUCUAGAAUGGAA